CUCACUCCGGCCCAGGCGAGCGGGCUCUUGAGCCGAGUCAGCUGUGGGAGCGGAGCAGGCGGCGCUUGCCACCAUCUUUGGCGGAGAGGGGCUGCGGUCGCGCGGGGGUCCGGCACACAGACAUCUGACAUAGUUAUACCAGUAGUGUUACAGAGAACACUUUGAUGCCACGACAGUAGCAUAUCCAGAAACAUCACAAACCCAAAAUAUGAUCCUUGAGAUAUGUCUGUCAGUUCAAGAGAGCCAGCCUUCUACACACACUGCUGACUUUCUUAAGUGAAGGAUGUGGGGAAUACUUUGAUUGUGGAACAGGAGGCAGCCUUCACCUUAACAUGAUGCCAUGAAACUUGUCAGAGUCCAGCUAUUAUUUUAACUUUAAAAGGUUACUGAGCAGAUUACAAAUGGUGUGGAUUUUUAUCAUGAACCGGAUGAACCCACAGAGCAGUUCUCCCAGUCAGCGUAGGCGCAUGGCUCUUGGAAUUGUCAUUCUUCUCCUUGUUGAUGUGAUAUGGGUUGCUUCUUCUGAACUCACUUCGUAUGUUUUCACUGUGUACAAUAAGCCGUUCUUCAGUACAUUUGCAAAAACAUCCAUGUUUGUUCUUUACCUCUUGGGAUUUAUUGUUUGGAAACCUUGGAGGCAGCAGUGCACACGUGGCCUUCGCGGCAAACAUGCGGCUUUUUUUGCAGAUGCUGAAGGCUAUUUUGCAGCCUGUACAACUGACAAUACUGUAAAUAGUUCUUUGAGUGAACCAUUAUACGUUCCUGUAAAGUUUCAUGACUUGCCAAGUGAAAAAUGUAGCAACACUAACAGUGACACUGAAAAAACUCCCAAAAAGCCUCGUGUAAGGUUCAGUAAUAUUAUGGAGAUUCGACAACUCCCAUCAAGCCAUGCAUUGGAAGCAAAGCUGUCUCGUAUGUCUUAUCCAACAGUUAAGGAACAGGAUUCAAUAUUAAAAGCUGUAGGGAAGCUUACCGCAUCUCAAGUAGCCAAAAUCAGCUUUUUCUUUUGCUUUGUGUGGUUCUUGGCAAACUUCUCUUAUCAAGAAGCGCUUUCGGACACCCAAGUGGCCAUCGUUAAUAUUCUGUCUUCAACAUCUGGAUUAUUUACCUUAAUCCUAGCUGCAGUGUUUCCAAGUAACAGUGGUGAUAGGUUUACCCUUUCAAAAUUGUUAGCUGUCAUUUUAAGCAUUGGAGGCGUUGUCCUUGUGAAUCUGUCUGGGUCUGAGAAAUCUGCUGGAAGAGAUACAAUAGGGUCCUUGUGGUCUCUUGUGGGAGCUAUGCUUUAUGCAAUCUACAUAGUCAUGAUAAAACGAAAAGUAGACAGAGAAGACAAACUUGAUAUACCAAUGUUUUUUGGUUUUGUUGGUUUGUUUAAUUUGCUGCUGCUUUGGCCAGGUUUCUUUUUACUCCAUUAUACUGGAUUUGAGAACUUUGAAUUUCCCAGUAAAUUAGUCCUUAUGUGCAUUGUCAUCAAUGGCCUUGUUGGAACCGUGCUGUCUGAAUUUCUCUGGCUGUGGGGCUGUUUUCUUACCUCAUCACUGAUAGGCACACUUGCUCUGAGCCUUACAAUACCUCUGUCCAUAAUAGCCGAUAUGUGCAUGCAAAAGGUCCAAUUUUCUUGGUUAUUUUUUGCCGGGGCAAUCCCUGUAUUCUUUUCAUUUUUCAUUGCAACUCUCUUAUGUCACUACAACAACUGGGAUCCAGUGAUGGUGGGAAUUAGAAGAGUUUUUGUAUUCAUUUGCAGAAAACACCGUAUUCAGAGAACAUCUGACGAAAGUGAGCAAUGUGAAAGUCUCAUUGCCAUGCACAGUGUUUCGCAAGAAGAUGGAGAAAAUGGCUGUUCUUAGGCAACAGCGCAAGAUGGAAAAAUAACUCAGCGAAGAGACAAUCUCCUGGAAAGUCCUUAUGGAAUCAUGUUUCAGUGCCUCUUCUGAAUCGUUAAUUGUUUCAGUUCUUUUGAAACUUAAAAAUACACUCUCACUUUCUCAGUUCCAAUCUUGAAUCGGUUUUAUUAAAGAGCUACUUUACUACAAGAAAUCCCAGUCCUUCUAAGAAACCAACCUGCCUUAUAGAACUCAGUUGGUGAAAUUACUUGAUACAAUCAAUGAAGUGAAUGCUGAUCUAGUGGUUUUUUUGUUUUUUUUUAAGCUUUCAUAUUUUCUUAAGUGCUGGAUGACAUUUUUACAAAUACUUUUCAAAUUCUGUAAAAAGUCUGUGUGAAUCAUAAUUUUGUAUAAACUUUCAAAUGUAAAAGUAAAAUACGGCAGUUACCUGUAAUAGGUACUGAUUACCCUUGUAUGAUGCUUAAGCUCUACUUGAAUAACAACAAAAGAGCAGAAAAUUAUUUAAUUUAUUGAAUAACUUCAUUAUUUCAGAAGCUAUUAUGGCUACUCAAUACUAUAUAAUAUGCCAUCUUAUCUAUAUGAAAGACCUUGAAAGAGUUUGGGUGCCUUGUGUUUUAAAUAUCUGUGUCCUAAUUCAAAUUUUUGAAGAACUCUUAAUGUAAAAGUAUAACUUAACAUCAGAAUCCUUAUAAAUAUGAACUACAAAAACUGAUCUAAAGAAUCUUCUAAAGAAUUCAAUUCCUGUUGUUUCAACGAAAGUUGUAAAAUGUAUCAAACCAAAUAUAGAAGCUGAAAACAAUAGAGUGCUCUGAAUUCAAUGAUGGAGAAGAAAAAAAGUUUCUAAACUUUUGUACACAAUUUCUCAUUGAAGUCAAUAUAUUUUCCCUAUCAGGACUAGCGUUAUGGAUGUGACCAAGAAAAAGGAGGUGCUUAAUUUCCUCCCUCCCUCUUUGUUCUCAAAGCUGCUUUCCCAUCUGAGGAGGAAAAAACACAGGAUCUUAUUUUUUAAAACCAAAAGGAUUGAUCGUAGAAUGUCUGUCACAUGUAAUUGUGGACUAGAGAAUAACACAUGUAUGUACGGAGCUUGCGAUGCAAGGCUUUCCUCCUCCGACAAAGGUCCCCUGGCUGCAUGGAAGUAAUAUGUUGCAGUGGUGCAUGUUUUUUUUUUACAAGUUAAACUCAUUCUACACUAUGUGGAAUGGGUUCUGGUUUACAGAGAAUUCUAAUACAUGUGAAGAGUGCAUAUAAGUUAUCAGUCUUCAGUAAGACAGAAGGCAGAGGGCUCAAAUGGUGGGGAAAGACUUGGAUCUAGAAAUUUGCUAGCAGAAAUUCUGCUAUUGGUGCUGUUCCAUCAACUAUAGCCAGCUGAAGGCAUUGUGUGAACUUGAAAUGGAAGCUUAUCUGGAUCUCACUAAGUCAGGAAAGGGCACCUCUGGAUCCCACCUUGACAUUGCAACCCUGUAGACACUUACUUGGAAGUUAGCCCCGUUGACUACAAGGGGAAUUGCUUCUGAGUGAACACCUGGAAGAUGCAUUGCAUAUAUAAACCGAUAGUGCUACAACAGUACUGUGCAACCCAGUAAAUAUUUUCAGAAUAAUUAAACAAUGGAUUUCAUUUACUAAUUUAAGAGUAUUGGCUGUUUUAAACACACACACACACACACACACGACAGCACAUUAAUUUCAAUGUGUCUAUUUAAUGCCUUUGUUGGAUACCCACUUCCUAGUUUCUAAACUUUGAAGAAGUACCUAUGAGCCUACAUGCUCUAAACUACAUGCUCUAAAAUACAAGUUGUGGUUCAAAUCCUCCCUAUACCUCUACUUUCAAUGGCAUUGUAAACUUGUACAUUCCACUCUUAGAAUACAGUAGAAUGUAGCUUGGAUCCUGAGUUGCCCUUCCACAAAAGGAAGGGACUGCUUGCUAGUGGAAGGGGGGAGCUGGUUUUUGCAGUUCCUCCAUAGGCCCCACUGGCAGGUCACAUGCUGGUCUGGGUGAUCUUCCUACCAUCAAGUGUAAAUUUGAAGGAGAAAUUCAUGAAAAUUUGUGCUCUCCUUCAAUGGGCAGGAGCAUCCCCUGAGCAGAGUUCUGCUCAUCGGGAACUUAGGCCAACAUUUUUAGGAGAGAAAUCGUCAAGGCUAGUAGUGCCCAUACAAAGAAGAUGAGAACAAACAAAAUUGUGUCAGUUAAGAAAGCACCUUGACUAAACACUUCAUCCCUUAGUUAAGUAAACUAUUUUUUUCAGAAUCCGUAUGUAUUCCUACUUAUGACUGGCAACCAUAGAUCAUGUAUAACCUUCCAUACCUGCACAGUAUGUAGGUUGCUCUCAGUCAUUGUCAACUAUUGAGAGGAUUGUAAGCUGUUUUGUGUCCAUUUGAUUUCUUGACCACCAACUUGAAUUGAUUUGUGACUUGACCUUGCAUAAAGUUUAGAUCAUUGGCAGGAGCAAGACUUAUCUCCAAUAAGAUUACAUUGCUUUAGGAAGGCGAAAGAUUAUGGGCUUAAGUCUGUCUGGAAAUGGAAAAACAAACUAUUAGUGCAUCAGGCAGUAGAGAAAGUAAGCAACAGUAAUGAUUUGCUUCAUUAAUGUUCUACUCUUUGAGAGUGUCAGUCAAGCUUGGUUAGUAAAAAUUGACCACUAAAUUAUGUUUUUAUAGCUACUGGAGCAGUAAUUUGGUGGCUUAUACAGUAAUGUGCCUCCUGUGGCCAAUUCUGCUUUCAGAUAUGAGUUGCAAUGUUUAUGGCAGAGAGGCGAGUGCCAUUUCUACAUUCAUGGCAACCUCCCCUCCCCCCCCCAGUAUUUACCUGGAACAAUUAUCAGGAAGCCAUCCUAACCUUUACCUUACAUAAUCUGUCUUUAAAAUACCUUGAUGGAAGAGUGUGUUUUUAAAAUAAUAAUAAAAAAUUGUGAAGAUAUGAUAAAUAUAAUGCACACUUUAUUUCAACAUUUCCUAUAUAUCCAGCAAUACCACUAGGUGAUAGACGUGUGGUUUAUCCUCUCUGGGCCUAGCAUCCUCUCAUUACAUUGUUUGUUUGUUUAAAUGUGCUCAGAAAAGCUAGUGUGCGAGCAAAACUAUUAACCAUUUGGAUUGUUUUUCUUACUAUUCUUUUAGCAGUUGGGAGUACAUUAUAAAGUGAAAUCUCUGAAAACUGUCAACAGUGAUUUUAAGGUUUUAAAAUGUAUGAGUUACAGUACAUACAUAUUAUAUAUGGCAUUGGACCUGCAUUUAAUAAACUAUAAUGAUAUUUUUCUACACUCAA